AAGUUGCAAACAAAGCGGUCAAAGUAGAGCCGCGCUACAUUGGUAGACUAUUAAAAUACCGUCCAUUUCCUGUUGUGUUGGUAUUUACAGAAGAAUUUAGGAAUGAGUAGGAAAUGUAAUGUGUCAUGGGUAAAGCCUGGAGAGCCGGCUUUUCUGACGAAAUUUAAAAAUGACGUUGGUUACAAAGAAGGACCGACUGUGGAUACGAAGAGACAGGACCUGCCUGUUGUAGAUGACAGUGGAGACAGCGAUCGGGAGGACGAACUGCCCCAGGUGGUGGUUUUGAAGAAGGGAGAUCUGUCUGCAGAGGAAUUAAUGAAGAUUAAAACUGACACAGAAGGAAGCUCAAAAGAGGAAGUAGACGCCCCUGCAGGUGGUAAGAUCAUGUUCAGGAAGCCUGUCAAGCGCUCUGCAAACACAUUUCAAGGCAUCACAGCGACUUCAAGCAAAAAGAAAAAGGGUAUUGAAAAGGACAGCGGCAACUCCAAAACCACCACGGAGAACCCACAGAAGAAAGUGAAAAAUAGCAGCCUGCUUUCCUUCGGGGACGAAGAGGAGGAAGACUAGCUCACCAUCAAGACUGGUGUCUUGCCCUGUAGCAUUUUGAUGAGCUUGACUAUUGAAAGUUAAUGUGUUUUUUGGCGGAAUUAGUGAAUAAUUGGGCCUAGUCACUCGCUGAUAACUGGUUUCACAAACCCUGAUUGAUAUGUAGGGGGUUUUGAAACCAGCCCUUUAAAGGUGUAGUAACUAAGGUUUUAAUAUAAUUUUGUCACCCUUAAUUAACACCAGUAUCUGUCACUGCUUCCUUAUCAGUUUUAAUUGCACUAUUCAUGUCUCAAUAAGUUUCCUUAACUCUGAAAGUACCAAAUGUGAUAAAACUUUUAUUAGAAAUGAAGGGAGAGGCAGAAAAAUGAUCUUCUGCCUAAUAAUAGCAGUACAUUUUAUAGUACUGUUGUAGAAUGUGGACCACUUGUACACUAAUUUUGCCAGAUAAGUUAAGACACUGCAGUCGAUGGGAAUGUGUGCUGACAUGCAGGUUGGUGUCAGACGGACAUUUUUAUGAAAGAGGUGCAUUUUAUAAAUUGUCCCUUUGGAAACAUAGUUGCAAACAGUAAACUGAAAAAAUGAUAAGAUUCUGUUAACGUACCAUGCAUAGGCACAUCUUCAAGGUUAGUGAGGAGGGCUUUUUAUAUUCAGCUCAUCAGAUGUAAAUACAUGUAAAGCUUCUAAAGGCACUGGGGAGGUAUUAUACUUGAUGAAUUAUGCAACAUAUCAAAUUAAUGUUUAAAUAUGUUUUUUUGUAUUGUUUUAAAAAUCUUGAUUUUGUGAUGCGUGUUUUAUUUUUUUUAUGUUGUUGCGACAUGAAUAAAGAAGCCUAAUAUUACAAUACUGAA